CCUCGACCGGGGUUUCUUUUGCAAUUCACAGACCUGGAAUAAUCCCAAUUGACCCCGCCUCAAUCAGACAAGAUGGUCAAGAUCACCAGUUUCACCACGCGGGACGUGAGGUUUCCGACCUCCCUUGACAAGACCGGUUCCGAUGCCAUGAAUGCCGCCGGUGACUACUCUGCCGCCUACUGUAUAAUCUACACCGAUUCCGAAUACGCUGGACAUGGCAUGACCUUCACAAUUGGCCGCGGCAACGAGAUCGUCGCCUCUGCCAUUGAGCUUCUUGCCCCUCUCGUCGUUGGCAAGGACCUCGACGAGCUGACUGCUGAUUGGGGCAAGACCUGGCGGUACCUGGUGUCCGACAGCCAGCUGCGCUGGAUCGGUCCCGAGAAGGGUGUCAUCCACCUGGCUCUGGGUGCUGUGGUCAAUGCGCUCUGGGAUCUGUGGGCCAAGACCCUUCAGAAGCCCGUCUGGCGCAUCGUCGCGGACAUGACUCCCGAGGAGUUCGUCCGCUGCAUUGACUUCCGCUACAUCACCGACGCGAUCACCCCCGAGGAGGCCAUUGCUCUCCUCAAGGAGGUCGAGGGCGGCAAGCAGGAGCGUAUCAAGGAGGCCGAGCAGAGCCAGGCCGUGCCGGCCUACACGACCAGUGCCGGUUGGUUGGGCUACUCCGAGGACAAGCUCAAGGCGCUGCUCAAGGACAGUGUGGCCCAGGGCUACAAGCACUUCAAGCUGAAGGUUGGCGCGAACGUCGAGGAGGACCGCCGGCGGUUGGCGAUUGCCCGUGAGGCGAUCGGUUACGAUAAGGGAAACAUCUUGAUGGUAGACGCUAACCAGGUCUGGUCCGUCCCCGAGGCUAUCGAGUGGAUGCAGCAGCUCGCCGAGUUCAAGCCCUGGUUCAUCGAAGAGCCCACCUCCCCCGACGACAUCCUCGGCCACGCCGCCAUCAAGAAGGCCCUCGAGAACACCCCGCACGGCCCCAUCGGCGUGGCCACGGGCGAGAUGUGCCAAAACCGCGUCGUCUUCAAGCAGCUCCUGCAGGCGGGAGCGCUGACCGUCCUUCAGGCUGACGCCUGCCGUGUCGGUGGUGUCAACGAGGUGCUGGCCAUCUUGCUGCUGGCCCGCAAGUUCGGCGUCCCCAUUGUCCCCCACUCCGGUGGUGUCGGUCUGCCCGAGUACACCCAGCACCUGAGCACGAUCGACUACGUGGUGGUCAGUGGUAAGAAGAGUGUCUUGGAGUAUGUGGAUCACCUGCACGAGCACUUCGUGCACCCCUCCAGUGUGAAGGACGGCUACUAUGUUACGCCUUUGGAGCCUGGAUACAGUGUUGAGAUGAAGCCCGAGAGUAUGGAUCAGUUCGCAUUCCCCGGUGAGGAGGGCAAGAGUUGGUGGCGGACGGAGGAAGCCAAGACCAUUCUGGAGGGUCCCCGGAUUGUAUAAUUGAUGGGUAUGACAUUUUACGAAUGAUUUUGUAUAUAGAUCGCUGAAGCGAAAUGAGAAAUGUGUUCUUGUUCUUGGU